AAUUGGAUGUUGUAUCUUUGGUCGAUGACAGUCUGUGCUCGAAACGUACGUGACGCCGCGCACCACCUCCUCCUCUCCUUCUCGCCUCCCUUUGUGCGGCUGACAACCUCCUUGCUUCUCGGCCGGGACAGGGACACGCAGAGAUAAUGGCUGUACCUCCCACCUACGUUGACCUUGGAAAGUCUGCCAGGGAUGUCUUUACCAAGGGAUAUGGCUUCGGGCUCAUCAAGCUGGACUUGAAAACAAAGUCUGAGAAUGGACUGGAGUUCACCAGCACAGGCUCUGCCAACACGGAGACCAGCAAGGUUGCUGGAUCCCUGGAGACCAAGUACAAGUGGGCAGAGCACGGACUGACCUUCACAGAGAAGUGGAACACCGACAACACCCUGGGGACUGAGAUCACCCUUGAAGACCAGUUGGCUAAGGGGCUGAAGUUGACAUUUGAUUCCUCUUUCUCGCCAAACACCGGAAAGAAAGGCGGCAAAAUCAAGACGGGCUACAACUGCGACCACAUUAACCUCGGCUGUGACGUCCACUACGACAUCAAUGGUACAGCCAUCCACGGCGCAGCGGUGGUGGGCUACGAAGGUUGGUUGGCCGGCUACCAGAUGACCUUCGAAGCCGGCAGGAACAGGAUCACCCAGAGCAACUUUGCAGUUGGAUACAAGACUGAUGAGUUCCAGCUCCACACGAAUGUAAAUGACGGCACUGAGUUUGGUGGCUCCAUCUACCAGAAGGUGAACGACCAGCUGGAGACAGCCGUCAACCUGGCCUGGACCGCCGGAAACAGCAAUACCCGCUUUGGCAUCGCUGCCAAGUAUCAGAUUGAUCCCGAUGCAGCCUUCUCUGCCAAGGUGAAUAACUCCAGCCUUGUGGGCCUGGGCUACACUCAGACUCUGAAGCCAGGCAUCAAGCUGACUCUCUCUGCUCUCCUCGACGGCAAGAACAUCAACGCUGGUGGCCACAAGCUUGGUCUCGGCCUCGAGUUCCAGGCAUAGGAGGAUGAAACGGAUGCUCUUCCAGUCCUCCCAGCACACACGCACCCCCCCC